UUCGGCCCCCUUGACCACCUUCGCCGGGCCGCGAGGUCGGCGGCGGCGGCGGCGGAGGAGGUGGCGGCGUGGGCCGCAAAAGGUGGUGUUUCUGCUGAGCAUGAUGACGAGAAGGCUCUUGUGGGAUUUCUCAAUGAAUCAAAAGAUCAACCUUCGGCUGAGAAUAGCAUUCCUCUUUCGCCACAAUGGCUUUAUGCUAAACCUGCUGAUAGCAAGUUUGGUGUUGUUGCUGCAUCAGGGGAUGCUCGCCCACCCACUCCAAAAGAUAUGUGGCGGUUGGAUAGUUCUCUGGAUAAGAAAGAAUGGAGAAGGAAUGUGCCCGAUAUUGAUAGUAAUCGUCGUUGGCUUGAAGAGGAAAGAGAAACUAGCUUACUUGGUAGGAGAGAGCGUAGAAAGGAAGGAGAUCGAGAAACUGCUGAAUAUCGCAAAAAUAAUCGCCGUUCUGAUAAUAUCUCUAUGAGAGAAGUUGCUGAUAGCAAAUGGUCAUCGAGGUGGGGCCCAGAAGACAAAGAGAAGGACUCUCGACUGGAGAAGAAGAUGGAUGUAGACAAGGACGAUUCUCAUGUUCAAAAGCAGCAGCUGCCUUUUUCUGGUGGGCUCCGUCCAUUGUCGGAGUCAGACUCACGUGAUAAAUGGCGGCCUCGCUACCGCCAGGAAAUUCAAUCUGGUGGGUCCACUAUGGCCCAUCAUGGGGCUCCUGGAUUUGGGUUAGAGAAAGGGCGUGCAGAGGGAUCAAAUGUGGGAUUUGCCCCUGGAAGGGGUAGGUCAAAUUUAAGCAGGUCGUUCUCUACUGGGCCUAUUGGUGCUUUGCCAGUAGAAAGGAAUGUGUCUGAAACUGUUCAUACUUUUCGGUAUCCAAGAGGAAAGCUUCUUGACAUUUAUAGGAAGCAGAGGACACUGCCAUCAUUUGAAGCUACUCCUGAGGGUCUAGAAGAAGUUCCUUCCAUUACGUUGUCUAGUUCUGUGACUCCAUUGGCCUUCCUCACACUAGAUGAUGAUGAGAAGGCAGCUGUAAAUGAUAUCUGGGAGGGAAAGGUCACUAGCAGUGAAGCAGAUUCUCCAAGUAAGGAGCACGCGACAGGAGUUGACAAUGAGAUAGGAUCAGAUUACAUACUUGGAGAAUUCAGCGACAAUGUCAAAUCUUUAACUAUUGCAGUGGAUAAUGAUCGCAUAUCUCCACUAAUUUCAGAAAAUGAUGCUUUCUAUGAUACAAAGGUCUCCUUGGGUACCAAUGGCUCUGUAGAGAAACCUGGUGAGCGAAAAUUGCUUAAUAAUGAUGGGCAUGCUAGAAAUUCAGAUUUUCUAAAGAACUCAAAGUUGGAAGAAGUGGACCCAGCUGCUACUUUUGAUGUUAGUGCUAAGUUGCCAUAUGAUUCAAGUUCGCUCUUUGUUACACCAACCGUCCAAGUUAUUCAGAAAACAAUUGAAUUAUCGAAUAGUAGUGAUGUUGCUCCAAAUCCUUCUACUCCUCCCGAGGAGUUGAGUUUGUUUUACCGGGACCCGCAAGGAAGGAUACAGGGCCCUUUUCUUGUUGCUGAUAUUAUGUCUUGGCUUGAAGAAGGAUAUUUUGGCACCGAUCUACCUGUGUGCCCUUCAGAUGCCCCAGAAGGCACUCCUUUCAGGCCACUUGGUGAACUUAUACCACAUUUGACUUCAAAAAGUGAACAAGUCCCUGUUGUAUCUCCUGUUCAAAAUAUCGAGCCUUUGGAGUCUGCUAGAGGCAACUCUGAGUCUCGAAUUCAUGAAUUUGCUGUACAGGAUGCUGACGAAGUGUUGUACAGGGGAAAGCUUAUGAGUAUGGAUAGGCCACUGGUGAAUCUUACUAGCGACCAAAGUAAUUUGUUACAGACCUCUAGUGGUCAUAUUCUAAUGGCAUCUGAAGUGGGACAAGUCUCUUUACCUAAUCAAAGGGACCCAAAAGAUAAUGAUUUGAAUUCCCGUAGAUUACUUUUCUCUGAGCUGGAAGGAACUCAGCCAAAGAACCCUCUUUUGUCAGUUGAUCAGCCGUUUCCUGAAACUGCGGCUGUGAAGGAUGUAUCUCUUUUUAGCCAUAGACAGGAACAACAUAUGGUUCCUGAUGAAUUUUCCACCAAGUAUAGGAAGAAUAGUAGUUCAAAUGUACUUCAUGAUGCUAUUGGUGCUAGUCAUUUGCCCACUAUUGAACACCAGUUCAACUUAGAAGAGCAUCUCCUCUCCCAGCAGUUACUUAAGCAGCGACUACAGCAGGAAGAGUUACUGGCCCAGCAAAAUCUCGAUUUUCUGCACCAUCAACAAUCUAAUAAUCACCAAGUGCCGGAUUUGGAGCACAUGUUGAAACUCCAGUUUGAACUUGACCAACAGCAACGUCUUCAGCAGUUGCAGCAGCAGAAUAUAAGACAACAGCUUCAUCAACAGGAGAUGCAAUUUCUGCAGCAGCAGCAGGAGCAGCAGCAGCAAUUAUUGCUGGAGCAAAUGCUGCAUCAGCAAUUAAAUGGCGAUCCACGCCACAGAAAUAACAACAUCCUUGAUGAAGUUCUGUUGAGGCAGCACCUGUUGAAUGAGUCACAGCAGCAAUCCCACUAUCUUCAACGAGAGCAUGAUGCACUUGUCGAGCAGCUUAUCCAAGCAAAAUUCAUGCAAAACCGUCAGCAUGGUCAGAAUUUGUUGGAUAUCUUAUCUCAUUCCAACAGUAGGCAGAUGCUUCCUUUCGAACAACAGAAGCUGCUUUUAGAUCUUCAGCAGGAACAGAUGCUCCGAGCACAGCAAUUUCCGAUUCCUUCGAGGCAGCAAUCGCACAUGGAAGAAAGAUUUAACCAGUUCAUCCAGCCAUCACCUAGUGCACACCUUAAUCAUUCUUCUAGACUUAGCCCAUUGGAUUUUGUGCACCCCCCUCAGAGAGCCUCGUCCGUUGAGCUCAACAACCAAAUUGAGCGGAAUGUUGCAUUGCAUGAGCUAUUAAACAGAGGUCAGGGGAUCCAUCCUCUUGAUAGGGCAAUUUCAUUACCUACGACCUCUCUCUCGCCAAACAUUGACCUUGUGAAUGACCUUUCACACAUUCAUUCUAGUGUUCAUCCCUAUCAACAUAGGAUGCCUGAACAGUAUGGUGGUUCACUCAUGGAUGCCAUGGAGGGGCACUUGAUGGUUGACUCUAAUAGGCAGCUGUCUAAUAACCUUAUAGAAUCACAGUUGAGACAGUUCCAGAUUGAAGCAGAGAGGCAGAGGAGAGGUGUGAAAUUGAGUUCAUCCUUUGAGAACCGAGAACAUGAUUUAGGAAAUAUGAUGAACCAAAAGAUGGUCCUGCAAUCUCAUCAGUCAUUAGGGCUUUCUGAUGUCUCUCCUUCAUCAUCUUAUGGCCGUGGGGAGCCUUCUUGGCUCUAUUCUCAUCCUAUUGCAGACAAUUCCUGUAAGCUUGCUGCAGAUAGAACAGACUACAGUGAAUCAUUGGUAGAAAAUUCUCUUUUCGCUACGACAAGGCAAGCAUCACAGGAUGGAUUAGUAAAUGCUAAUUUUGGCAGUCAAGGUAUGCCUUUUCAAUCUACUAGUGGAAUGUUUCUAGAACAGAAGCUUUUCCCCACAGAUGCUGAUGGAAUUCACAAAGAAGAGCUUGUAAAUACCAUGGGUCGCAAUCCAUCUAUAGAAAGAUUGAACUUUGCCGAUCCAAAUGACGGUAGGAGCAGAACAAAACCUGGUUCUAAAGCUAAUUUCAUGGGUAAAUCUAUUCUGGACAAUCUUGAAGCUGGGGUUGGGCAAAUGGUAGGCAGAGGUCAAGAAGAAAUGGAAGUUGCUGCUCCUAACAGACCUGCCACUUUUGGCAGUGCAGGUGGGGAUGCUAUCUUUCAGAAUUAUGAGGUUGGAGAUGAUAAUGCUUUUGUUGGCGAGAUAAGCAAGAACAGGAAUUCUAGUGCUACUCUGAAGGGGACUGAUAGUUCAACACUAAAGCUCGCCCAUGAUCAGAGAGCUUCUGUUUCAUCAGAGGCUGCAUUUUCGGAGUUAGUUUCUACUCUUCCUGUCAAAGAUGCUAAGAGAGAACCUGGAGGCGUUUCAGACGUUCCAUCGUCUGCCAAGAAAGAUGCAACAUUUCGUCGAGUGCCGUCAGGUGGCAUCAUUGCCGGAGCGUCGGAGCCUUCCUUCAUCGACAUGCUGAAGAGCACCAGCAAAAAGCCCACACUGGAAGCCGACGCGUCUGCUUCUGCUCCUUCCGACUCCUCAGAAUCCAUGCAGGGUAGCGGCAGCAAGAGCAACAUUAAGAAAAAGGGGAAGAAGGGUCGGCAAAUCGACCCGUCGCUUCUGGGUUUCAAGGUCCACAGCAAUCGCAUCAUGAUGGGCGAGAUCCAACGCCCCGAAGAUUGAGAGCUCGGUUUCGGUUUCUUUCCUCUCCUUCUUCGGCUGUAUAGGUUUGUAAAGUUAUUUUUUUAGUUUUGAUCUUUCUUAUUUUUCAUGAUAUUUGUUUUUGGUUUAAAAUAUUUGUGAAAAUAAAUAAAUAGGGUUCAAUUUUGAAAUUAAGCAGAGUCCCUAAUUAAGAGUGUGAAUUUGCAGAGUAUAGUGAAGGGGAUUAAUGAAAAAAAGAUUUAUAUGGAGUGAUAAUUGAUUACUACUAUACCUCCAAAUCACUAGAUUUGGCCAAUUCCA